AGGUUUUUACAUUACUCAGCAGUACUUUUGGUUACAAUUCUCAUUUUUAACGUCAUCAUUAAAACAUAAGGAGCAUCAUUUACUAUAAACAUUUUUCUCUAUGAAGAACUUAGUGUUUUUUUUUUUAUAAAUAAUUGUUUGUUUUUGUUUUUAUAUUAUUUAGUAUCACGUAUGCGAGCAGCUCGUUGACGUAAUCGCUUGACGGCUAGACCUAUUUCUUUGCAUACAUUUACAUACUUACAUACACACAAGUUCUUUACAUAGUAGCGCUGUUUGUAGGUGGCUAGCUGUCUUGAAUGUAACUGUAGCUGAAUUGUGAGGUGGGCGCGUCGUCAGCCGUGAGCCGGGCCGCCACCGACAAAGGCAUCUCACAAACUUUCAAGUACUGGGCUACGCAGUCGUCACGGUUUCAUCAGCUGCGCAAAGUCGCAAGUCGCGCGGUUUCCACAGCGAAAACCUAGUAGUGUUCCUUGAGCAUUUGCGGUUAUCGCAUCAGCCGGUUACAGCUAGCUGCUCGCACAGCAGCAUCGCGGAGUAAACAAAAUAUGCAGAUUCGACUUUUUACGCUGGUGUUGUUGUAUCAUAUAAAGUAGUUCGAUUUGUUUAGUAGGACAAUUGUGGGUAAAGUGAGAAGUUAGAGUAGCGGUACUUGUGUUACAAAAUAAGGUUUCACUCAAGUUUAAUAGAAGUGUUUGAAAAAGUGAAAAGUAAAUAAACAACAACAAAAAAUAAAACAAGAUUUAAUAAAUAUGUUUUGAAACCACAAAAGUAUACGCUAACAUACAAUAAAAUCUAGAAAUUUGUUAAAUUUCUUAACUCAGUUAAAAUGCAAAGUGGCUAAAAAUUCCAAAAAUUUGGAAUUUUCCAAAAAAUAGCAAAACUACAACUAACAAUUAAAAACAGUAAACUACAUUGGCGUUGUUUAUAAUAAAACAUUGAGUAUAUAGCAUAUUCCGUUAUCAUAACAUAUUGCAUACAAACGUAUUUUAUUACACAUGCACUUGCUUUCGGAACAAAACCUCAUUGUUCGCUCUAAUGUGUUUGUGAUUUUUUUUUUUUUUGUGAAUGGUUUUGAAUCAUCAAGAACAGAGAUAAUCAUAAUGUUGAAUCAUUAAUUCAUAGUAUAUAUAAGUUGUACUGGAAUGCAGUCGGACAGAUGUGACCGGAUUGCAAUUGCUAAUUUUAUAAUGCUAAGAAAGAAUAAGUGGGCGGAGGAAGGUUGACGAGAGUGUUUUUGGUAAGAGCUCUCCAUUAAUUUUAGCUUAAGCAUACCACAUCACUCUUGUAUUUUUCAAGCAGAAGUGGCUGCUAUAAGGUGGCGGUAGACGUACUGCCGAGAAGUUCAGUCUUCCUUCAGUGAGCAUAUAACACCACAUUUUUAACCACCGUACACCCCCGCAGUGGGUUGUCAAAAACAAUACACACUAUAAAAUGCCGACUACAGUAUCAGAUCUCACACUGUCAUCGGCAACGUCUGCCGCUAUAACAACAACAACAGCAAUGCCACUAACAACGACAACGAAAUCUAUGCUAAAUGGCAAAGCCAUGCAUUUGCAAAACGAACAACAACAAAGAAUAGAACAAAAUGACAAAAGUGUGAGAAAUGGCUUAAAAGAAAGUGAAGAACAACAAUUUAUUAUUAAGUAUCGACAAAAAUAUUACGAUAUAAGACGUUUUCUACAAAAUCAUCCAGGCGGGAUGAAUACACUGCGUGGCCUAAACAAUAGCGAUAUGACAACACGUUUCCUGCACGCUCCACCACACUCGGACGCUGCCAUGUACCUGAUGAAGGAGUACGAAAUCAAACCCACACAAUUACAGAAUGACACCAAAAGGAGGCAUCGGCUGCAUCAAAACGUGGAAGAUGAACUGCUUGCUGUUGAUAAUGAACAGCAGCAACAAACCUUUUCUGAGUCCAAUCAAAAUGGCAUAGAGUUGUUAGGCGAUGCUUUGCACGAAGAAGACAAAAAUAAUAAUCAAUUGGACGAGAGUAUGGAGCAUUUGGUGGAUUGGAACAAGGCUAUGCUACCACAAAUUUCGCACAUAACCCGACAUUACGAUGAAUGGGUACAUAAACCGGUAGAUAGACCUUUGCGUCUUUUCGGACCAACAUAUUUGGAGAUGUUUACGAAAACUUCUUGGUGGGUUAUACCACUAUUUUGGUUACCCGUCAUUGGCAAGUGUUUAUGGGAUGAGUUUUUUCCCAUUUGGAAUACAGCUAGUAUAAGCACGUUAUCGUUUAUGGCCGCCAAUUUUGCAGCCGGCAUAAUCUUAUGGACAUUUCUCGAAUAUGUGCUCCAUCGAUUUGUGUUCCACAUGAAGGUGAAUGCUAAUACACAUCCACUCUUGUGCUCAUUUCAUUUUAUGAUACAUGGACUGCAUCACAAAGUGCCCUUCGAUUCGAAGCGUCUCGUUUUUCCGCCACUGCCGGGCGUAAUUAUUGCCAGCAUACUUUACGCACCACUCAGUGUCUUAUUGCCACAACCACGAAUCGUGUUAGCCGGCGCACUCUCCGGUUAUCUAUGUUAUGAUUUGAUGCAUUACUACCUUCACUAUGGAAAUCCUUCACUGCAACGCACACGCUUCAUGUACAAUAUGAAACGCUAUCACUAUCAACACCAUUUCGCACAUCAGGAUAUGGGCUAUGGCAUUAGUAGUCCACUAUGGGAUGUCGUAUUUAAUACACGAAUACAUUUACGUAAACUACGUUACACAUUGCGUUGGCGGUAAUUGAAGUGAAAUGCUUGCACAACCAAAUAUAUUUAAGAUUAAUAUAAUUUAAAAAUGUAUAUUACUUUAAUGCCGCCUUGCAGUUGCUUAUGAACAAUGCUUUUUACUACUUUUAGUACAUAGUUUUUAUAAGUAAAACAUUACCAAAGAAAAAAAUAUAGGAUAAAUCAUUCCUAAGCCUGUGCGUACACAUUGUUUUAGAGAUACACGCAUUCAGUAAGUUUGAAUUCAUUUUCUUAUAUAUUUUUGGUACUUUAUUCAUUCUAUAAGUAUUAAGUAGAGUAUUAUAUGGACAUUAUUAGUGCAUUGCCAUAUGGACAUUAAGUAGUUUUGUACAUUGCGAAAAUUAAAUAGACCAAAUAAAAUUUAAAAUUAGAAAAACA